AUGGCUGCAGGCGUCAUCCGGCCGCUGGCCGAGCUGCGGCUGCCCUCACCCUUCCCGCACGGCCUGUUGCUGCCCGUGCGCCCCGAGCCCGACUUCCCCGACCUCUCCGAGGAAGAGGAGGAGGACGAGGACGAGGAUGAAGAGGAGGCAGCAGAGGAGAGCACGAGGCUGGAGCCAGCCGUCCCCAGCACUGCCGAGCCCACACUGCAGCUCCUCCGGUUCUCAGAGCUCAUCAGCUGUGACAUCCAGCGGUACUUCGGCCGGCAGGGCCAGGACGAGGCCGCCGGCAGCCAUGGCAUGUCUGAGGACUGCGGCUCACCGCGGCACACCGAGCCCGAGGCGCCGCGGGGCAGCCCCGGGGCUGUGCACAGGCUGGGGCCGCUGGCCGAGCUCUUCGAGUACGGCGUGCACCGGUGUCUGCCGCCCCGGGCGGCCAGCGGCAAGACACAGCGGCUGGAGAGGAAGUACGGCCACAUCACCCCCAUGCACCGCAGGAAGCUGCCGCCCUCCUUCUGGAGGGAGCCGGGCCCCGGCACCACCGGCCUCCUCCACACCGGCACCCCCGACUUCAGCGACCUCCUGGCCCACUGGACGGUGGAGCUGGGGCCGGAGCUGGGUGCCGGGCGGGAGCUGCAGCCGGAGCUGGGCCGCCCAGGGCUGGAGGCCGAGCCCUUUGCCGGGCUGUGA